GGAGAGCAGGCGGCGGGACCCCGGCGCGGGAGGAGACGGCUGGGCGGGAGCCCCAGAGGGUAGGAACUGCUGCCGCAACUUCGGCCUGCCGGCUGGGCACCAAACACCUGUGCCUGCCAAUGCGGCCCGGCCCCCGGAGAGUCAGGCCCACAGAACACGCCCAUGUGGGCCGGCGGUGUGGGGAGCCCUCGGCGGGGCAUGGCCCCCGCGCCCACCGAUGACCUCUUUGCCCGAAAGCUGCGCCAGCCAGCACGGCCCCCGCUGACACCACACACCUUCGAGCCGAGGCCAGCCCGGAGCCCGCUCCUGCGCAGUGGGAGCGAUGCAGGCGAGGCCCGGCCCCCCACACCAGCCAGCCCCCGUGCCCGUGCUCACAGCCAUGAGGAGACCAGCCGCCCCUCUCUGCCUUCCACCCGGCUCUUCACUGACCCGCUGGCACUGCUGGGGCUGCCAGCUGAGGAACCAGAGCCCACCUUCCCGCCAGUACUUGAGCCCCGAUGGUUUGCCCACUAUGAUGUGCAGAGCCUGCUCUUUGAUUGGGCUCCAAGGCCACGGGGGACAGGGGGACGCACAGAGGUCAGCUCUGGGACCCCGGCUUCAGCUGAGGACCAGGCUACCAGCUCAGACCUGCUGCUUGGGGCGCCUGGCUUUGUGAGCGAGCUUGGGGGUGAGGGUGAGCUGGGCCUGGGUGGAACAGUUUCCCCACCUGUGCCCCCUGCCCUGCCCAAUGCGGCUGUGUCCAUCCUGGAGGAGCCACAGAACCGAACCUCAGCCUACAACCUGGAGCACGCAGACCUGGGUGCUGGCUACUAUCGCAAGUACUUCUAUGGCAAAGAACACCAGAACUUCUUCGGGAUGGAUGAGGUGCUGGGCCCGGUGGCAGUGAGCCUGCGGCGGGAGGAGAAGGAAGGCAGUGGAGGCGGCACCUUGCACAGCUACCGCAUCAUCGUGCGGACCACGCAGCUCCGGACCCUCCGAGGCACCAUCUCAGAGGACGCGCUGCCGCCGGGUCCCCCGCGAGGCUUGUCCCCGAGGAAGCUUCUGGAGUCCGUGGCGCCGCGACUGAGCCCGAUGUGCCUGCGCCUGGGCUCAGCCUCCCCCAAGGUGCCACGCACUCUGCUUACACUGGAUGAGCAAGUGCUGAGCUUCCAGCGCAAGGUGGGCAUCCUGUACUGCCGGGCAGGCCAGGGCUCCGAGGAGGAGAUGUACAACAACCAGGAGGCAGGAGCGGCCUUCACGCAGUUCCUCACCCUGCUGGGUGACGUGGUGCGGCUCAAAGGCUUUGAGAGUUACCGGGCCCAGCUGGACACCAAAACGGAUUCCACGGGCACACAUUCUGUCUACACGACGUACCGAGACCAUGAGAUCAUGUUUCAUGUGUCCACGAUGCUGCCUUACACCCCUAAUAACCAGCAGCAGCUUCUGCGCAAGCGCCACAUUGGCAACGACAUUGUAACCAUAGUAUUCCAGGAGCCUGGCAGCAAGCCCUUCUGCCCCACGACCAUCCGUUCACACUUCCAGCACGUGUUCCUAGUGGUGCGCGUGCAUGAACCCUGCACCCCGCACACCUCCUACAGGGUGGCCGUGAGCCGCACCCAGGACACCCCAGCCUUCGGGCCAGCUCUGCCCCCUGGCGGAGGCCCCUUCCCUGCCAACGCCGACUUCCGGGCCUUCCUGCUGGCCAAGGCGCUCAAUGGCGAGCAGGCGGCGGGCCAUGCACGCCAGUUCCACGCCAUGGCCACGCGUACGCGCCAGCAGUACCUGCAGGACUUGGCCACCAACGAGGUGACCACUACGUCGCUGGACUCGGCCUCGCGCUUCGGCCUGCCCUCCCUGGGCGGGAGGCGCCGGGCACCUCCUCGGGGACCCGGCGCCGAGCUGCAGGCUGCGGGCUCGCUGGUGUGGGGAGUGCGCGCGGCGCCCGGGGCGCGGGUCGCGGCCGGCGCCGAGGCAGGCGGCCCUGACAGCGCCGAGGUGCCCUGCCUGCUGGGCAUCUCGGCCGAGGCUCUUGUGCUGGUGGCGCCCCGCGACGGCCGCGUAGUCUUCAACUGCGCCUGCCGCGACGUGCUGGCCUGGACCUUCUCCGAGCAGCAGCUCGAUCUGUACCACGGCCGCGGGGAGGCGAUUACGCUGCGGCUCGACGGGCCCCCGGGCCAAGCCGUGGGCGAGGUCGUGGGGCGCCUGCAGCUGGUGAGCCGCGGCUGCGAGACCCGGGAGCUGGCGCUGCCCCGCGACGGCCAAGGCCGCCUGGGCUUCGAGGUGGACGCCGAGGGCUUCAUCACGCAAGUAGAGCGCUUCACGUUCGCCGAGACGGCGGGACUGCGGCCCGGGGCGCGCCUGCUGCGCGUGUGCGGCCGGACGCUGCCCAGCCUCGGCCCCGAGGCCGCUGCCCAGCUGCUGCGCUCGGCGCCCAAGGUCUGCGUCACCGUCCUGCCCCCCGACGAGAGCGGCCGGCCCCGCAGGAGCUUUUCGGAGCUGUACACGCUGUCUCUGCAGGAGCCCAGCCGGCGGGGUGCCCCAGAGCCAGUGCAGGAUGAGGCCCCAGUGUUGGGCCUACUGUCCAACACAAGGCAGCUACUUCACCUGUGCCUGCAAGAUGGUGGCAGCCCUCCAGGGCCAGGGGAUCUGGCCGAGGAGAGGACUGAGUUCUUGCACAGCCAGAACUCGCCAUCAUCCCGCAGCUCCCUGUCAGAUGAGGCCCCAGUCCUGCCCAACACCACCCCAGACCUCCUCCUGGUCACCACAGCCAAGCCGUCAGCUCCUGGUGCUGGCAGGGAGACACCCUCCACCGAGGACAGGCCCAAUGGCCAUGAGGACAAGGAGGACAAGGGGGACCCGGCCCUAGAGCUGAGCACCUCCAUCCUGCCACGAACUUUGUCUGUGAGGAACUCCAUCAGCAAGAUCAUGUCGGAGGCGGGCAGCGAGACCCUGGAAGACGAGUGGCAGUCCAUCUCGGAGAUCGCCUCCACUUGCAACACUAUUCUGGAGUCACUGUCCCGAGAGGGACAGCCCAUCCCAGAGAGAAGAGACCCCAAGGGAACUCCAAAGUCUGAUGCUGAGCCAGAACCUGGGAGCCUGUCAGAGAAGGUCUGUCACUUGGAGUCCAUGCUCAGGAAGCUGCAGGAGGACCUGCAGAAGGAGAGGGCAGACAGGGCAGCUCUGGAAGAGGAGGUGCGGAGCCUGAGGCACAACAACCGGCGGCUCCAGGCUGAAUCGGAGAGCGCAGCCACCCGCCUGCUGCUGGCCUCCAAGCAGCUGGGCUCGCCCACCACCGACCUGGCCUGAGCUGGCUGUGCCAGCCUCUGUCUGGCUAUGGGCCUGCCUCAAACUGCAUGGCCCAUCAGGGCACCUGGGUCACACGGGGCCCUCAGCCCUCCUCAGGAAUUCUCUCCCCGCGCAGAGGCGCAUCUUAGCACUGCCCCCACUCCCCAGCCCAUUAUUUGGUGGCAGAGUUGCCCCUACAUCGUCCCUGUUUGUAAAUAUUCUGUGGAGAAA